UCACUUUUUCCAAUGUCAUGUCGCUGAGUCACUUAUUUCAAUCACAUGUUUAUUCUGUUUUUAAGGCGUCCCAGUACUCAGGGUCAGUAUCUAUGUAUGUAUUCAAUUGUGGGUGUAGCACUUGAACGGAAAGUGUGAGUCCCACCCACUUUGGCUCAGUACACAUUACAUUUUCGUCUUCCUGAAGAGUUCAUUCCAGGAAGAAUCGCAGCGGCAAUAAGAAUGAGUUAUCCCGGAUAUCCCCCUCAGGCCGGCUACCCUCCCCAAGCCGGUGGAUACCCACCCCAGCCUGGAGCUUAUCCUCCCCAGCCCGGAGCCUACCCACCCCAGGCUGGUGGUUAUCCCCAGGCUGGUGGUUAUCCCCAACCGGGCUACCCAGCUCAGCCUGCGGGCUACCCAGCUCAGCCUGCGGGCUACCCUCCUCAGCCAGGCGCAUACCCUCCACAGCCAGGCGCAUACCCCUCCAUGCCCCCUGCAGGAGCAUGGGGUGCUCCCAUGUCAACCCCUGGAUUUAAUGUUCCUGGUAUGCAAGGAAUGACCAUGUCACCUGCCAUGGGGGGCUAUGAUCAGUCCGGGUGCUAUGCUGGCCCUCCCCCUAACCAACAGCACUAUGGCCUGUACCCCCAGCCAGGACAAGGCAUGCCCCAAGCUGGCCCAGGAAUGGGCUACCCGGGUGGGCCACCCCCGGGCCAGCAGAUGCCGGGUUACCCAGGUGCACCUGGCCUGAACCCUUCCAUGCCUGGCGGGUACCCCAGAGCCCCGUCGCCAAACCCGUCCAUGCCAGUCUACCCCAAAGUGCCUUCUCCCAAUCCGUCCAUGCCAGGCUAUGGAGGAGGCGCUCCCAUCGCCCCUGCGGUCAAGAGGGGAUUCAGAGGCACCAUCCAAGACGCCCCAGGAGCUGAUCCUUUAAGAGAUGUUGAGGUUCUGAGGAAAGCCAUGAAAGGAUUUGGAACUGAUGAGGCAGCCAUUAUCAACCUGCUUGGCAGUCGCUCAAACAGACAGCGUGUUCCUAUGCUGGUAACAUUCAAGACUGCAUAUGGAAAGGAUCUGAUUAAAGAUCUGAAGUCUGAGCUGUCUGGCAACUUUGAGAAGCUUGUCCUGGCCAUGCUGAAGACACCGGCCCAGUUUGACGCCUACGAGCUCUACGAGGCCAUUAAGGGAGCCGGCACUGACGAGGCCUGCCUGAUUGAGAUUCUUUCCUCCCGAUCCAAUGCCGAGAUCAGAGAAAUAAAUAACUUCUACAAAACAGAGUUCAAAAAGAAGCUGGAGGAUUCCAUCAGUGGAGACACCUCAGGACAUUUCCGCAGACUCCUGAUUUCGCUCGCCCAGGGAAACAGGGAUGAAAGGGAAAAUGUGGACAUCUCUUUGGCUAAACAAGAUGCCCAGGCUCUGUACUCUGCGGGGGAAAACAAACUGGGCACAGACGAGUCCAAAUUCAAUGCUAUCCUUUGUGCCAGGAGCAAAUCUCACCUCAGAGCAGUGUUUCAUGAGUACCAGCAGAUGUGUGGUAGAGACAUUGAGAAGAGUAUUGACAGAGAGAUGUCUGGUGACCUGGAGAGUGGCAUGUUGGCUGUCGUUAAGUGCAUCAAGAACACACCAGCGUACUUUGCUGAGAGACUGUACAAAGCUAUGAAGGGUGCUGGGACCAAGGACAGGACCCUGAUCCGAAUCAUGGUGACCCGCUCUGAGGUGGACAUGCUGGAUAUCCGACAGGAAUACAUGAAGAAUUACGGGAAGUCCCUCUACAAUGCCAUAUCUGGUGACACUUCAGGUGACUACAAGAAACUUCUUCUGAAGCUUUGCGGGGGAAGCGACUAAGUGGAUGACAGGCACGGCGAUACAGUACACAGCAGAUCAUCUGACAGCAUUUACUUGCUUCACACACAUUUAUUUCAUGCCAAGUAUAUACUUCAGAACCAUAUUAUUGCAUGCUGCAUUCAGCACUUUCCAGCGCGCAAUCUAUAUACAUUUCUUUACAUAUUGUUUUUUACAAGCUUUUUUUAAAAGGAUAUAUUCAAGUGCCAUGUAUGAGAACUUCUAUGCAAAUAUGCCAUCCGAUUGAUUGACUAGACUGUUAGAGCAGAGCAUUGAGUUUGUGAUACAAAUAUUUAUUUUUUACAUAUUUUUGCAGGUUCUUUCCCAAAGACUAUAUCAAACAAUCAAGAUAUUAUAUGCUGGCUCAAAGUCAUUUUAGAGUGUGUAAUGCUACUGAGUUUACGCAACAUGUUUACCUUUUCAAAUUAUUAUUUUGCAAUAACUUGCCAAUCUGUCCAUUGCACAAUAUUAUGUUUCUUCUUUUUUGUAUAAUUUGAAUAUUUACAAUAUUAUUAUCAUCCACAACAUUACCAUCCUUCUCUCCUAUGCCCUUCAUCACUGCUACAGAUGCCAUUAUCACAUGUUAGAGUGGAUGCUUUGUUUACAAGCGUACUCAUGAAAUAUUUUGCCGCUGGGCUACCUUUUCCAGUGUAUGUUUUUAUAUCUGUAUUUCUUCUAUUGUAUUCAGUCAUAUUUUUCUUCUGAGAUGCCAUAUCAUUUUGUGCUCAAUAAUGUUUUAUAUUACGACCAGCAGGGGGCAGCGAUGUCAUUACUGAAAUGUAAACACUGUAUGGCAAUAAGACAGAAACAGAAUGCAUGAAGCCAUAUUAAAAUGUUUCAAGCUCA